UCUUCCCUUCAUUGAUACUGAGCAAAUCGGUUCUGGUGCUUUUAGUGAUGUGGACAAGAUGACUAUUUCACUGUCCCAACAGCAUUUUGAUAAGGGAUUACUAGGUAAAGGCAAUGAAAGUAGUGCGAAAACACCUGAAAGAGAAAGGCGAGACGGAAAUGUUUAAAAGGGAAACCACCUGUCUACGGCUCCUCAACCAGUUGCAACACCCCAAUAUAAUUCGUUUAUGGGGCUCCUACACAUACCGCGAUGAACAAAACUUCCUCUUCCCAUGCGCCGAUAUGGAUCUCGGCUCGUUCCUAAUAGCUAAAGACCGCUACCAGGAUUUUCAGUGGGACUUUACUUUCUACUCAGCUCUCACGGGACUCGCGUCGGCGCUGUCGAAUACGCACCGCCUUCUACUCAACGAGAACAAACAUGGAGUCGACCUCGACGCAGUCGGUUACCACCAUGAUCUCCGGCCACCCAACGUCCUAGUUAAUGCCGAUACUUUCAUUUUAGCUGACUUCGGACUAGGGAGGUUAAAGCCGGUGGGAGACUCCUCGCACACGCCAUAUAAAUGGAUUAGUGGGGAUUAUGUUGCCCCUGAAAACACUGAUAGCCAAGAGAAUCCACAAGCUGCGAAUAGGGCCACUGAUGUGUGGGCUUUUGGUUGCCUCAUGGCCGAAGUAAUCACAUACAUGCUGACGGGAGCAGAGGGAGUCGAAGUAUUUCGCGAGAAACGACUCACACCGGGGCGGCUUCCCAGAUGGAAAGAAUCCUGCUUCUACCAACCUCAUGGCGAGGUUAAGCAGGAAGUUGUCGAUUGGAUGGGGGGCCUGGAGCACGAUAAUCCCCACCCAGACAUUGUUCCUCUUAUUGAUCUAGCUUUUCAGACACUUCGAGCCGAUCCACAAGAUCGGCCUAACAUGGACGCUAUUCAUCGCGAAUUGCAAGUUUUGAACUUGAAAAAACACUUUUGUAGUGUUCAAGACAUAUUCCAUAAAAUCUGUGCGACCGAUGAAAACACCGAGCCUCUUAUAAAACGCCACUUGGAGAGUCUCCGAUACGCCCAGUCACGGUUCGAGGUAUGGGGUAACGCUCUCACUUCUAGUGAGGAUGUUUCCUUGUAUGAUGAUGAGAAAUCAAAGAGUUCUGUUGUAAGAAUGAAGAAGUUGUUCCAGGCGCUGAGAAAAGAGCGUGAGAGGCAACACUUAAAGGAUAGGCCUGUCUUGUUCUCCCUUGAAAACCUCAUAUCCUCUCAAAGCCACAUAGUCCAAGCCGUUGAAGACUUACUUGGACUGACGCCGAAUAGCCUCAUUCAUCUGGCUGGGAACCAAUACAAAAAGGAAGUUUCAGACUGCGGACUUCCCCGACAGCUACAGAAUUCGCAUCAUACAAUUGGAAAUAAUCUAGCAGUUGCUGGUAGACCAAAUUCCGUAAAUUCUCUUUUAUAUGAGUUCAAGGAAGAGGCACGGAGAUUCUGGGACGGCCUUAGCGACGAUGUGCCUUUGAAUGAGAUUCUGAAGGUGACGUCUAUUGACAAUGUGUAUGACAUCACGGACAAGAUCCAGGACGAGCAGCGCGAACAUGGCGGGCUUCGUGAUCUAUCGAAACUGAAGAUAUAUCUGGAACGUCUCGAGGGAUAUGUUGAUACGAUUAACGAUAUUAUUGACGGGAGCACCGAAAUUUUGGCACUCAUCUGGGGACCUGUCGCUAUCCUUCUACAGCUAGCGAGACCGCUAGAUAGGGCCUAUGACUCGGUAAUCAAUGCUAUUGCUGAGAUAGGGCGAGCGUUGCCCGACUUUCAAGUGUCUGCCUCGAUACUCAACCAGACUGUAGAGGCCAAAGAAAUUCUAGUCUUCUUUUUCAAAGAUUUGCUCGGCUUCUACUGUGCGGCUUUGGAAUUUUUAAGCCACCCCAACUGGAUGCAUGCAUUUGAUCGUUUGUGGCCAGAGCAGCAAGCAUACUAUUCGGAAAUUGCAAGCCAUAUAGGGCGUCUCAUUCGACUCAUGAGGACAAAAAUAUGUAUCGGAGACAUCCAACAAGAAUACGAGUUUCGAAAGAAAGCACUUGAGAGUUUCAAAGAACAGAAAAAGGCUUCUCGUAAGGGGGAGUUCUAUCGUAUCAUGACAUUUUUUGCUCCACCUAGAUACGACCACACCCUAAAUAAUCUCCAUAGCCUCCGCUACCGAGGGGAUGGGCACUGGCUCUUCGUUGACAAGACCUUCGUGCAAUGGCGCAAAGACUCGCAGGAUGCGGCUCGGGUCUUAUGGCUGAAGGGGAUACCAGGAGCAGGUAAGACGGUUCUCUCUGGUGCAGUCAUCGACCACUUGAGUUACGUCAAAAGGACUAAGAUAGCUUUUGCUUUCUUAACAUACCAGCAAGCUGAGACUUCGGCACUGUCAACAAUUCAUUCCCUCGUCUUCCAGCUGGCAGAUGGAGACGAGAAUUUAAUGGCUAUGGUUUGCGAAUCGAUGAAUAAAGACCUACGGGCCAAUUUUGCUGGCGUGGGCAAUCUUCUUUCGUCUCUCAUCAAUUAUACUGUCGGUGACGUCUAUAUCGUUAUUGACGGUGUUGACGAGACUAGUCAAAAUGAGCGGUACAUACUUGUCGAGGAACUUCUCAGGCUGACCGGAGUAUGCAAAAAGCUACGAGUUAUUCUUAGCGCCCGACCCGAAGCCGAUCUAACGCAGGUACUAGAAGAGAAAUCAGUCACAAUCCAGAUUCAUGACCAUAACGAAGGAAGCAUCCAGAGCUAUGUUCGCAAACGCAUGGGUUACAUCUUCGACCGCCGCCGGGUCCUCCCACACGCGAAAACGAAUAUUGAAAGUCUCCUAAGGCCGCUGGCAAAUCGUGCGAAAGGAAUGUUCCUGUAUGCCAGGCUUGUUUUGGAUAUGGUUGACAAUAUAUAUGACAUGUCGGAGCUACAGGAAGAACUAAGAGUUCUCCCCGAAAACCUUGAUGCUGCUUACCGUCGUAUCAUAGAACGCUUGGGAAGGCACGCGGAUAUAAGAAUGACAGAAAAUGCCCGGAGACUAUUGGGAUGGAUUGCCUGCAGUUCAGUUCUAAUUACUGUCGAAGAGGCUCAUCAAGCAUUAGUUGUGAGGCCUGACCACCGAGAUCAAGUCUUCUACAUGGUGGCGAAGCUAGAUGUAAUUGAACUUCUUGGACCAAUCGUGGAGAUUGUGGACAAUAACAUACGCUUUGUUCACUUCACAGCCAAAGAAUACGUCUCCAGCCCUCAUCUCGGAGCACAGCUAGCUAGCAAAACCCAAGCUACACUAGACUUAGCUAUGCAAUGUAUCGGCUAUCUAUGCCAACGUCAUCAUAACCCCGAUUUGUCAUCGAAGGAAUGUUUAGAGAAAGUCACCACUGGCCAAUACAGUUUCCAUGCUUUCGCAACACGAAUGUGGUUUGACCUAGUCCGCCAGUAUUUUCAAUUGACGAAGGCGGAAAAUCCAUCGCCCGAAAUAAUCAAGUCUCUUCGGAUGUUGUGGGAAUGUAGGAAAAAACAAGACCUUCACAGUAUCCCGGGGGAUGAAGGUGAUGCUGAAAGAGAAUAUGAGGGGAAUAGCGAGGCUAUUUUCGAAACAUUGAGGCGACAAGAGCCUUUCCUGUAUCGAGUGCUCAACAGUCUCUCGCAAUUCCGUGAUUCGUCUUUCCUUUUCACAGGCCGAGAGACUAAAGAUUCGAACAAGGGUAGAGAAGACCCCUUCUCAAUGUCAAAAAUGUCUCGAAAAAUUAGCGAGGCCCUUGACCAAGCCCUCUGUGAUUCACCAGAUGGCUCGCUUAUUCCUGGUAAUCCCGUAUGCCAUCCAGAUUGUGCCAAUAUCUUACUGCACUAUGGACCUCGGCCCUUCAAAUGUAAAUUUCCAGGGUGUGAAUUUUGGCGACACGGUUUCAAGAUACGUGGCUUAAGGAACAAGCACGAACGUUCGCACGAUACGCCUUUAAAAUGCCACAUUGCCGGCUGCGGAGUCGACUUUUUGUCAGACAGCAUGCGGCGAGAACAUCUCAAACAAGCCCAUAGGGAUGAUUCAGAGCGGGUGAGCUUCGAUGCUAGAAAUCUAGCACGGGGCGGAGUUGAGACAAUGCUCCUUGACUUAGUCCAAGAAAACAACGUUGAAGCUGUUCGGGGGAUUUUAACUAAAUUUCCAGACGCCCUUGAAGAUCGUGCAACGCGAAAUAAACUUCGACUAGUUGGCGCUUUCGCUGCUUCGGCUGAUAUGCUGAAGCUGCUGGAAGGGCCAGUUGGAUGUAACAUGGCAAAAGGAGCAUUUGAAAAAUAUAUCCAGGAGUCGAUAAGGGGACGUAAUGGGAGUACACUAUCGUACCUUUUCCCUCAAGCAAUACCUUUUGACACACUGGACUCAACUUACACGGUAAAAAAUCCUGAAUCGAAUUUGUAUAAAAUAGUAUCAAUCGUCUCUAGACUGGUGUCGAGUAACUGGUUUGAGGGAAUGAGAAUUUGGUCACGCCAAAUUCGAAGCGGACUGGACCGCAUCCCUGAAACAAGAAAAUCGAGCAUUGUCAAGCAAUUAUUCGGACACGAAAGGAUAUUCUUAGCUGCGUCGUCGCACUUGACCGCAGAGCAGCAGCUUUUUUGUCUAUGGAGGGACUCUGGACUUGCUCCAUUGUUGGGUAGAGACUGGGCCACUUCAACUUUGAGAGUUAUGGUAGAGCACUAUCCAUCAAUCCCUCUAGCACAGUAUUUACUCGAGCUAGGCGCCGAUAUUAACUACCGAUCAAGCCGAACGCGUAAAACUGCACUUCAUCUCGCAGCAAAAAAAAAAUCAACCGCCAAAGGAGCCGAGAUGAUAAGAUUUAUUCUUUUAAAUGGUGCUGACCCAGAGGCAGACCAAGAAGGGACCUCUGGAGCCAGUGGUCAUGCGCGCCCGGGGAAGAAAAUACGAGAAGAAAAGGGCGCAAAAGAUAUUUAUAAACAUUUGGGGAAGACCUGGGACGAGCUUGUCAAAGAGACUAGGAGUAUCCGGAAUGAGAAAAAAGAGUGCAAAGGCGCCAGUGUCCAGGAUUGAGGAAAAGGGUCAGCUCGGCGGGAAGGGGGCACAAUUAUUAAUAUGUCGAGAUAUAAGCGCACAUUACUAUAUGUAGCCUUUUAGCACCUGCAUUUGCUGGAAA